AUCGAUGACAAAGUCUACUUCUGUUGUCUUGAGCGCGGUACCGCACUCCUUGCCUUGACGACAUCGACAUUCCCAUGGUUGCAAAGGCGCUAAAAUGUCCAUCAAAGCGGCCACGUGCUCGAGGACGAAAUUGUUCCCCAACUGAAUGGAAUCGCUCUGCAGCCGCGCCAUGGCCACGUCAAGUGUGCCGCGAGACUCUCCAAGUAGGGCACGGAAUACUACGGCUUACGGAAUGCAUUUGCAGAAUGGUACCUGGAUACAAAGUCUGUCUCGCUCAUGGAACAUGGUGCGACAGUCGCAUCACUUUCCGGUUGAUGUCCGAUGGCGAGAAUCUGAUGGACGGGGCGCUGAGGCUAUGUACCAAAGCACGGUUCACUACGCAGGCAGUGCAUGCGUAACGUACACAUAUAGCCAUCGCUCCACCAUGGACCACUUCUCUCGGUCCUGGCGACGAGGUACAGUACACUCUGCGUCCAUAAUCCUCCCUAGGUGGCUGGUCCACUCUACGACCCAUCACGCAUCCUUUCGCUUUCACGCCCAACCUCACGACCCUUUACGAUGCUCCACAGGACCGCUGGCAUGCUCGGACGGAGCACUGCUGCAUCGCCGCUCUCUCCUGCACUGCUCAAGCUCGAGCCGGAGAAGCGUGUACGACUGAUCAAGUCCAGCCAGAAAGUUAGCAGAGUGCUUGGUGCGACGCCCGUCAUCGAUAUCCAGUCUCCGACGAGCGGCACGACUUUUUCAGCGAUUCCGUCUUCUACGAUUUUCGCCUCUCAUGGCC